UGGGGGGCAGGGGGGGAGAAGCUGAGAUUCCUGUUGGUAAAGUUGGACUUCCUGUGUCUGAGUCGAUGACAGCGACCUGUCAGUGACGUCCUGUUCUGGAGACGUCAAGUCCCACGACGACGGCUUCUCUACAUAAAGUCACAGCAGCUCCGACAUCCGUCACAUCAUCAACAGAACCAACGCCUCCACGGUCGUUUGUUGAACAGGUUGAUGGAAAACUUCACGUUGAACAGCUUCACCCUGCAGCUGGAGGGUUUGACGGUGACGGAGGUUUCCGUCUACCCCGUCUUCUUCUUCUUCUUCCUCUCCUACCUGGUCAUCAUCGUCAUGAACGUGGGCAUCGUCUUCCUGGUUCUAUUUGACAAGAACCUCCACCAGCCCAUGUACCUGCUCUUCUGUAACCUGCCCAUCAACGACCUCAUCGGAAACUCCAUCAUGGUCCCUCGGCUGCUCUCCGACAUCCUGAACCCCCCCUCCGAACGCCUCAAUUACGAGUGUGUGGUCCAGGCCUUCACCACCCACAUGUUCGGCACCACCUCCCACACCGUGCUCAUGACCAUGGCCUUUGACAGGUACGUGGCCAUCUGUAACCCCCUGCGCUACAGCGUCAUCAUGACCAACAGAAUGGUGGUCAAGCUGACAGUGUCUGCCUGGGGGGUGGCCUUUGUGUUGGUGGGGAUUCUGCUGGGUCUGACAGUGAGGCUGAACAGAUGCAGGACUCUGAUCAUGAAUCCUUACUGCGACAACGCCUCUCUCUUCAAACUGUCCUGUGAGAGCGUCUUCAUCAACAACGUCUACGGCCUGACCUUCACCGUGGUCUUGUUCACAGCCUCCAUCGGCAGCAUGGUUCUCACCUACGCUAAGAUCAUUGUGGUGUGUCUGACCAGUAGAAACAAGUCUCUGAACAGUAAAGCUCUGAAGACCUGCAGCACUCAUUUGGUCCUGUAUCUGAUGAUGCUGAUCAGUGGCUUCAUCGUCAUCAUCCUCCACCGUUUCCCUCAGUUCUCCUUCUACAGGAAACUCAGUGCCAUUCUGUUCCACAUCAUCCCUGGAAGCCUUAACCCUGUUAUUUAUGGAGUGCAGUCUGCAGAGAUUCGCAAAUUUGUAUCUAAACUGUUUCAGAAGAGAAAGUCGUCUUUGUGAUCAUCUCCCUUCAACCCCUCACUAACAUGGUUCACUAACAUGGUUCAGAUGAACCAACGUCCUCAUAUAACGUCUCUGACCUCACAUGAGGUCAAAGUACAGAAUGACAAAAAGUUUCAAUAAACAAAACUGAACAACGACACUGAACAAUGAACCCCUGUGUGUGUGUGUGUGUGUGUGUGUGUGUGUGUGUUUGCAGGUUAGAGAUUAGGUUAAAUGUUCACCAGCGUGGUGCCCGGGGUCACCUGGUAGCCCCCGUGGAUGUACAAAUGGGUUCAGUGACGAUGGUCAUGACAACAUCGUUCAGGAAGUCUCUAUGUUACUAAGUGUCCUUGAAGUAUGCAGUAAUAGUAUUUUAUAUUACUGCAUAUUUAUUUAGAUUUUUAAAUUUGGGGUGUGUUUGGGUCUGGGGUCAUGACCCAUCAAUUGACCCUAACAGUGACCCUGAUGAUGAGAUGGACACAUUAAAGUAAGAGAUGCUUAAAAAUGGCUAAUGGUUAGCAUUAACGUGUGUUUGUUUACACAUUUCCUCUUGGUCUGAGUGAGGUGGAAACACGGGCUGCUGCUGAUGUCACUGAUGAUGACGCUAACACCACCUUGAGGAGCAGCAGGGGUAUAAAGGACUGGGUUUUACUCAGCUCAGGGAGGAGGGGGCGCUAAUGUCAGCACAGGUGAGAGUGAUGCGUACGAACACAGAUCCUUCCUUCAGUGUUUGUUUUUAUUUAUUUUAAAAGCUAUUUUAAAAGUUUUAACAAUGAUUUUUACGUGUUAUGUGAAAUGUUGUCGUCAGAGUUGAUCAGUCUUUAACUGAAAUCAGAAAAAAGAGUUUUUAAAGACGUGUCUUUGACCUGUGUUGUUUCUAAACCAGUGAUUUAACAGUGAGGUCACAAAACAACCA